AUGGGGUCUUAUCCAACGUUCUCCCCAUCCACCCGUUCCGAUGUAUCGAUGAACAGAAAUCAAUGUGAUUUGUCGACGAAGGUUGCCUUUUCUGCUGGGGCAACUUCAGUGAGUUCCACAUGGAACAAAGGGGUGUUGAUAUUUCCCAGAGUUAUCAGCAACGCGGGUGGCGGAUACAACCCGAGUACAGGGGUGUUCACCGCUCCCACCACCGGGCACUACGCAUUCUUUGCCAAUGUCCAAAGUUAUGGUUCUAGCAGCAUUUUUGCAGACAUUGUGCUAAAUGGACUUUCUAAAGUUAGGACAGUGGCUUCCAGUAAUGGGAACGAGUCUUAUGAAGCAGGUCCAAAUAUGGUUGUGUUAGCACUUCAGAGAGGGGACAGGGUGUGGGUGAGACGCCACAGUGGUGCAGGUUAUGUAUCGCAUCAAGAUGCCCCUGUCACCACUUUUUCAGGAUUCUUAAUAUAA